UACGAUAGUACAUUGGUAAACAUCAGCUGUUUUAUUGAAUGACCUUCAGAAACCCUCGUUACACAGAUAGCUUGAACUGCUGUUUCUUAUCAACAAUACUACAGAAGGAUUAUGAGAUAAGCAGCAAAUGUAGUUUUCAUUUUGUGAACUAACCGUCCGGUAUUACAAAGUAAAUCUACCUCAAGUCACUGCCAGCGUCAACUAACUCAUCAAAAUGGUCCAUCUACACAAAGGCCACAAACGGAAGGAAGGAACGGACGUUGGAAAAAUUAUCCACCAAAUGAAGCACACAUCAGUGAUAAGAAAUAUAAUGACGUCAUCGCUAACUGCUGUGGUGACCCUUGUCCUAGCAUUCGCCAUAUUCAAUUACAUGGAAACUGGUGUUCCCGAGGGUGUUCCGGAAGUCUGGAAUGCUCGAAUAUUAGACACCUCACUUCGGACGAUGGGAAAAGUGAUUUUAACCCUAAAUAAUUUUGGUGUUCAUGGAGGAGUUACGUGGUGGACUAGAAAGAUGGUGGAGAUCAUGCUAACGACUUUGAUAACCGGAAGUCCCCGUGGACUUGGUGACGAUCCGGAACUAAAGAUAUAUGACAGGAAGAUGGCUGGAGUGGACGUGAGAGUAUAUGAACCUACCAAGGGAAAACACUCCGAUCGUCCAGCCUUGGUGUACUACCAUGGUGGAGGGUGGUCAUGGCUGUCGAUAGAUGUUUAUGACCAGGCCACCAGACAACUUGCUAAAGGAGUUGGGAUGGUCGUCGUUUCUGUUGGGUAUCGUCAGUCUCCGGAAUAUGCGCAUCCAAUCCCUUUCCAAGAUUGCCUUGACGUCACCGAACACGUGAUUAAUAACGGUAAAGACCUUGGUAUCGAUAGUUCCCGUGUAGCAAUUUCUGGCGACAGCGCUGGUGGUCACUUAACAGCCGCUGUAUCCCUCCGCUUAAAGAAGAAGAUCAAAAUUCAAAUCCCUAUUUACCCGUGCCUUCAGUUGUUCGACAUGCAAACACCUUCUUAUAUUGAAAACAAGGAUUUCAUUCCUGGCAUGCUAACAGAUAUAUCGAUGUUGACCUACUGGUUGAACUAUGCCAACAUCAGUUAUGAUCAUAUCGACACGAUCAUGGCCAAUAAGCACACAUCACCAGCUUUGAAGAAAUCCAAAUACGCCGAUUAUAUUUCACCAAAGUGGUACAUGAAAGAACAUAUAAGAACCGAAUCUCUUCGUGAUAUGAAGAAACCGACAGACUUUGGGGACGAGAAACUUUCCAAACAAAUCGAAAAAACUCUUCUUGAUCCGUACUUUUCGCCACUUAUGGCGGAUGAUUCAGAUAUGAAAGACUUACCUUUAACAUAUGUUCUUACUGCCGGAUAUGACGUUUUACGCGAAGACGGUUUGAUAUAUUAUCAGAGGUUGAAAAAGAUCGGUGUUAAGGUUCACUUAGCUCAUUACCAGGAGGGAUUUCACGGAAUGAUCUUUUUCUUCAAAGGACCCAUUCCAUUUAAUGUUGGAAUCCGGGCCAUGGACGAUUUGAUACAAUUCCUUCAGAAGAAUCUCUAGUGGAAAUGGCCUUAGGAUUUUCAAAUUAAAUCAUAUACAUGUAACUGCAUGUGAAACGUUUCUUUCACUUAUUUAAUAGAAUCAAUGUCUAUUUUGAAUGAAAACAAGAAUAAAUUUCUAAAAAGCA